GCUGGCCGGCAUGAUCUGGCAUCUCCGGGUAUGAGCAUAAGUAACGUCGCACUGUCAAGAGUGCAACUGGUUUUUCUUCGAGUUUCUUCAGUAUUUAAUAUUUACAAUUUGAUAAUAAUAUAAUAUAGUGGUUAAUUUGUUUUUAAUUGUCGUCAAAUGGUUGCGAAAACAUAAGUUGUUGAAAGGGAACGUUUUGCUCCAAUAAAAACGCGUUCGUCAUUGAUGUUUGUCGAAAUGCAGCACAGUUGAACGCAAUACUGCACACGAAUGGCAGUGUGGGAGAUAUACGUGUUUAAUCGUAAAUUAGCGAGCUUCAAGUGAGUUGUAAAUUAACAACAUAACUUCCCCGUAUUACAAGGCAUGUAAUCCAGUAGAUUUGAUGGUCAUUAAUAUCGUGUUGUAUCUCUUUGUCAGCAAGGAUAACCUUUUCUUUGUCCAGGGUGCCAAACAUGGCACAAGAGAUUGAACCCGGCCUAUUUCUCGGCAACCUUACAACUGCUACAAAUAUUGAUUGGUUGAAAAAAAAUGGAAUAACUCACAUACUAACAGUAGACUCCUGUCCAUUACCAAGAAAGAUACAAGAACAUCUUCCUCAUUUAAUUACCAAAUAUAUUCAGGCGACGGAUAUUCCGCGUGAGGAUCUUCUUACACAUUUUGAAGAUUCCUAUGAAUUCAUUGAUCGUGCCAUCGAGUCCCAUGGGAGAGUGUUGGUGCACUGUUAUUUUGGUGUGUCGCGAUCGGCCACUUUGGUGAUCGCGUACAUAAUGAAGAAGCGCGAGCUGAGCUACGCGGACGCGUUCCAAGUUGUAAAGUCGAAGCGAUGCUUCGUCGGACCGAAUCCCGGCUUUGUAGCACAAUUGCAGCUUUACAUGGACAUGGGCUGGGGCGUCGACAGUACCAACGUGCAAUUCAAGAUGUAUCGGUUGCAGAUAGCCGCCGACAAGGUGCGCAAGGCGCGCAUUCUGCCUCAGAACUGUGUCGAUCUCGUUAAGUCGGAUCCCGCGUUAACGACCGUGCGCCCCGAGCCGACAGUUUAUCGUUGCAAGAAAUGUCGUCGCAUUGUAGCAAGCGUCAGUAACAUUCUACCUCAUCUACCGGGCGAGAGACAGAUCUGGCGACACAUCAGCGCUAAGAAGGAUUUUGAGAGCUGCGAUAAACUGCUCCAGAAGAGAGAAACGCAAGUUGCGUUUUGCGACAAGAUCUAUUUUGUGGAACCGUUGGCUUGGAUGCCCGAUAUUACGCACGCCGUUGAGGGCAAGCUGAAUUGUCCUAAAUGUAACACAAAACUCGGAUCAUUUAGCUGGAUAGCCGGGAUUCAGUGUCCCUGCGGCAGCAAAAUCGCUCCGGCCUUCUACUUGGUGCCCUCCAAGCUCGACUGGAGCAAUGUCGUGCAGAACGUCCAAGUAACGAGAGUCCAAGAAAGAUCCUAUAGUACUUGCUGAGAGUUGAGAGACUAAAAUGCAAUUUUAAGAGUGAGACGACAGAUGCGACCAACAUAUAUUCGUCGGCUGACUAUAUUCUAAUUCUGUGCCAAUAUAUAUUUCGACAUGUGUACAUAUAUAUAUAUAUAUAUAUACAUAUAUAUACAUGUAUUUGUUACGUACAUCUCUGUAUGUUGUACUUUUUUAUUAUAUACGUAUAAGUAUAGGCUCAGUGAGAAUGAGAAAACACAUAACUGAAAAAAACGUUCUCCGAUCUCAUGCUUCUAUUGCACAAUACCGUCUUCAUCUAUACCGUCUACAUAUAUAUGUACUCGUGUAAGGCUACAAGAAUUUUUUCGUAGAAACAAAUAGACACAUCUCUGUGUAUGUAUCUUGUGCUUAUUAAAAAUAUUUCGAUGUUCUAAUUGCAUUUGUUGCAUUACUUCCACAUACAAGUAAUAACUUAAUACGCUGAUUUAUUGAUGAGAAAAACAAAAACGCUAUGAUACUUAUCUAUUCGUUAUACCCUGUGUACUCAGAACUUAUGUCUAAAUAAAAUCGGUGAAUGAUUAUCAUUGGUUAAGGCACACAUCGGACGUUUACAUGUUAACAGAUAAUCUCUACAAAAAAAAUUCGCGCGUAUAACAACUCGAGACAACCAACGCGAACUUAAAACUUCUAUCUAUCUUUGGUUUUUCCGCGUUUUUAAGCGCGUCGAAUUGAUUUUACAAAAUGCAUAAAAUACGUUUCUCGUAUUUGCGUCACGUCGAGUUGUACAUUUAGAAUCAAAGAAUGGAAUAAAUUUAAACGAGCUGCCCUGUAAAGAAGAAAUUUC